AUGGCUCUUGAAAAUCUCCUCCCACUAGAGCUCAUUGACAAGUGUGUGGGGUCACAGAUCUGGGUGAUCAUGAACGGAGGAAAAGAGUUCACUGGUAAACUUCUUGGGUUUGACGAUUAUGUCAACAUGGUGCUCGUAGACGCCACGGAAAUUGACCCGGUUGAGGGAAACACAACGCUACCUAAGAUCCUACUCAAUGGCAACAACAUCUGCAUGAUGGUUCCUGGGGGUGACGGCCAAUAUCAAGUGGAAGACGAGUGA